AUGGUGUUGCCUGGUUCUGUCGUCCCAGAUUCCAACAAACGAAGUCGAUCACGCACAGCGCCAGCAAGGCCGGCCCCUCGAAGUGCCAGUCAAAGAGAUGCUGUCCUAAACAAUCGAACUGUCGAAAUCACGCCGGCAAAUCCCCAAACCUACAAAGGAUUCAACAGCGGUGAUGACGACAAUCCGAUUGAAAUCUAUGAUCACCUUCAGAUGACUGCCGAUUGGGACAAAGUACAACCAAUCAAUGAUGGCACAAUCAUUCAUCCUCCGGGACUCAGAUCUGCAUACUUGAAAAGCCCCACCUAUCGAGAGCGGACUUUGACUGAGGAGGCUCACUGGAAGACCAUCAUACCCGAGAUCUUCAAGUGUUUCAUGAUUUGUUCCCUCAAGACCGGACAAUGGAGUAACGAAGCGACUUGGAAUGAAGAUCUUAACCUUGAGUGUAAAUGUCCAGCUUGGAAGAAAGGUGUUGUACAGAUUGAUUCAGUGGACAUUACUAUGCGGUGGCUACUUCAGCGCUUGUCAACCAGCCACAGUCUCUACACUAAGAGCUGUCAAGUUUUGAAUGAAUUGAAAAAAGAUCCUAUGUAUACCGAUGAAUAUCUGACUCACCAGUGGAACCGGCAGCGAGAAUGCCAGCUCCAGGUACUGGUGAAAGAGAACUCUCAGGAAGCCAAUGACAAACUGGUGGCUCUGCGCCGCAAGCGUAGGAGAGAUAUGACAGUGGCUGAGAAACUGAAACUAACUCACUUAACUCAAACAAAAGAAAUGCUACAAACAGACAUUGAUGAACUAGCAGGUGAAUUGGGGGGAGAUCACUAUCGUGAUAUGCCAGGAUCUUCUAACAAUAAUCCUGCUCUGCUGCCCAACGAAUGGAUGGUCGGAGUCGUCCAGUCUACAAAACCAACAGCGAAAGAUAGGUUGUCCGAAAGUAAAUUAGUUUUACAGGCUCUGUAUUCACGGCUUAGUAGAAUGUAUACACGCUUGUGGAUUUUUUGGGGUGGAGGGAUGCAUGGACUUAUCAAUCGAACGCUAGCCUACAGUAGCUUGGAGGAGAUUGAGGAAGCAUCAAUAUUAACACAGUGGUCAGCGUUAGUUUCCAGAAGCAAGAUAGCCUGGAAGGCGAGCUCACGGGGUGAAAUCCUUGAUGCGGCUCCACUUGACAAAGGGGAGGAGACUGAGCAGCGUUUGAUGGAGUUUGAGGCUAUUGUUGAUGAAGAUGAGGUGGGAGGAUUGGCGGAUGAAGUAGGUGUUGGUGGUGAAGAAGAAAGUGAAGAGAUGCCUGGAGAUGAAGGGUUUGACAAUUGA